AUGGCCCCUCCACGACCGAGUACCGCGUCGACGCAGAACACGUUUGAGCCCUCCACAAGCAAACGCGUCCCUCGUAACAAGAACUUUGCCUUCAAGAAUGGUCACCGUUUGCAUGCUUUUGACCCAGAGAAAGUGCCGUACCCGCUUAGCUAUGAUAGGGAUGUUCUUGAGCUAGAGAGCAUGGAUCAAAUAUUCGUUCAGCAAUCAAUGCACUCCGCUUCAGUCGUCGAUUUCAAAGAAAGAGGAGAAUAUCCAGAGCGCUCGCUUGAUCUUGGCUGCGGGAGCGGAACAUGGGUAAUAGAAGCUGCGAAGGAGUGGCCGGAGUGUUAUUUCGUGGGAUUUGAUUUAGUUGACGUUCAAUUACCCACAAGUAUUUUGGACUCUGACAUUGCCAAACGAAUAGAAUGGGUUCAUGGAAAUUUCCUCACCAAUAAACUCCCGUUUGAUGAUGACGAGUUUGACCACGUUCAUUUACAAAGCAUUGGCCGAGGGGUUCCAGAGAACAAGUGGGGAAUGAUAUUUGAUGAAAUUAAUCGCGUACUACGACCAGGCGGUUCCGUCGAGGUCCUUGAGCACGACAUAAUAUUCCCCACAUUACCCAGAUGGUUUACCAGUCCACUACGGAUUCGCAGUAAACGCUCUGAAUCAAUACAUCAUCCAACGAAUCCCAGCCAUCCUUCCUCCCCCCGUCCUUCUUCGCCAGAAGAACCACAUGACCAUGCGUUGCUGGAAAGCUUAUAUUAUUCAGUAUUUGAAAGUCGAUUCAUAAAUCUACGACCAACAGCCAUCGUUCCAAUACACUUCACUUCGAACUUCCGUCAAGUUGUUGCAGCUCCUGUGUUGCACUUUCGCAUGCCUCCGCUUCCUCCGUUGCAACCGCUCCCUCAGCCACUGCCCCCUAGCGCGGUUCUAAUCAACGAUUCCGAACCUUCUGAGAAUCCCCGCUCGAAGUCUCCACUAACGACGCGUCCAUUCUCAGUCUCGUUUUCUUCAACCAGCUCCGAAGCAACAUCAAACUCUGCAUCUACGGGAGAUAGUACACUCUUCAGUACCAGUGUCAUGUCUGAAAUGACCCUCACUCAACCAGGAACGAGUUAUGAUAGGUCGUUUUCAUCGUCGGCAUCUUCAACAGUAACAUCUGGGAACGAUGCGUCCCCGAACUCCAGAAAACCUCUGUAUAUCGUGGACAACUCCGUGGCGGAAAGCACCCUCACGGGAGUCGCGCCAUCACAUUCUUUGAUAAGGCUUGACCAGAUCGACAAUCUCAGUGAACGUGCCCUCGCCAUGCAACUUUACUGGUCUUAUAAGAGUGUGCUUGCAUGCACAGAGGCCAUGUGGGAAGAAUUGGACAGUCGGAUUGAGAACAGGCCAACAGAACUGAUGAAACUCGGCUGGGAUGGCGAUCCGGAGCUUUCUGCGGCGGAGGAAAACCGACAUAAGUUCGACAUCAUGGUCGACAGAUAUGAAAAAGAUAUGCAUUCGCGAGUAUCGCUGUGGUGCUCCUUGACGGCUCUUGGCUGGGAGGUUCCUCCGAGAGAGCCUCUGUCACGGGCAGAACUCAUCGAAGAGGAAAGAUUGUACAAGGCGAUCAUUGAAGCUCGCAAGUCGGCGACAGAGGAAGAUUUCCAGACCCCCUGCCGCUCGGUUAGGAUCUUUGUAGGAUUCAAAGCCUGCUGA